CCCCAGUCCAAUUCCUUAACACCACCAACCUUUUUUUUUUCUCUUUUUGUCACGAAGAAGAUAAUGUUCAUUCGUCAUUUGCUUCUAUCGACUACUGUCGCAGCCAUGCUGGGUUCCAUGGCUACCGCUUUCCCACUCCCUGGUCACUCUAAGCGUGCUGAAUCCAAGAGUUGCGCUACCGUCGUCAAGGGUACCACUUUGACCUCAACUCCUUUCUACAUCACCUUCAAUGGUACCAUUGAAGGCGAUGCAUGCUCGUCCAUCAACGGCAGUACCAGCCAUUUCACUCUGCACUCGUUCAACAGUUCAGACUACCUUACUGCUGUCAACCUUGAUGGCACCACCACCAACGGUACUUCUUGCGACAUUACCAUCCCUGACAACCGUUACCAAACCGUCACUGGAAAGAGUGUGUUCGUUUUCGUUCCUCUCAUUACUGCUGAUGGUAAUAAGACUUCCAUCAGCUGCGGUAAUGAUAAGCCCGUUGCCUUGAACGUCAACUUGGAUUCCUUCAACGUUCCUGGCGUUAACGUCACUACCACUACCAUUACUGGUGAGACUACCACCACUCAUGCUGCUGCUCCUACCCACCAUGCCCAAGAAGUUCACCAUACCACCACCACCACUACCGAGGAACCUCAUACCACCCAUGAACCUCAUACCACCCACCAUACCACCACUACCCACCACACCACCACCACCACUACCACCACUCACCAUGCCACCACUACUCAUCAUAGCAAUGAAGACGACAGCUCUGAUGACAGUGGUGGUGCUGACUCUUUCUCUGGAAGAGGUACCUGGUUCAUUCCUGAAACUGAAGGUGGCGCCCAAGGUGCCUGCGGUCCUUUUGAAUCCAAUUCCGACAUGAUUGGUGCUCUUAACGCUCCUCAAUACGGUAACCUCAAUGGCAAGAGCUCCUGGUGUGGAAAGAAGGUCAAGGUCUCCAGCGGUGGCAAGAGCAUCAUUAUCACCAUCAAUGACGCUUGCCCUGAGUGCGCCCACGGCUCUAUUGAUUUGACUCAAGCUGCCUUCGAAAAGCUCGGUAACCUCGUUACCGGUGUUCUUCCCAUCACUUGGCACGAGAUUUAAAUGGUUUUUGCCAUGGACCCAGCUUAGAAAAUUUCCCUUCAUUUUAGUUUUGUAGUAGCUACUUUCUCUACCGUCUGAUUUUUUUAAUGUAUCAUCGUUCUCAGUGAUAAUAGUAAAAAUCGACACGACCCCCUUUCCCUCUAUGC